AUGCUGACUGAAGAGCCCAGUCACUGGUUGAGUAGCAUGAGGAUGCUACUAGAAAGCAGUGGUACUCCCAUCUCAUGGGAAGUUUUCAAGAAAAAGUUUUAUGCCAAAUACUUCUCUGAUAGCGUUCGGUUUGUCAAGGAGGUGGAGUUUCUUGAACUGGUUCAAGGAGGGAUGACAGUAUCCGAGUAUGCUGAUAGGUUCAAGCACCUACUCAGGUUUCAUACGCUGGCCAUGGAUGAGAAAUGGCAGUGUAGGAAGUUUGAAAAUGGAUUGAGAGGGGAUCUCAAGUUGAUGGUUGCCGGUUUGUGCAUCAAGGAGUUUCCCUUUUUGGUGGAGAGAGCCAAGGUCUUAGAGAAGACCAAGUUGGAGGUGGAAAGUCAGCAGAGGCAGCAACAGAGUGUAAGAGGGUCGAUUUCUUCCAAGAGUGGUCUCGGUCCUAGGAAGACUCCUUAUGCUCGGCCUCCUUCUUCAGGGUUUAGAGGACAGUCUUCAAGGCCUCCAAUACCGUUUGGUCAGCCAAACUUCUCUAGGAAUGUGAGGUGUUUUUCCUGUGGAGGUCCACAUUAUCAAUCGGUUUGUCCUCAGAAGAACAGUAGUAAAAGAUGCAAUCGGUGUGGAAGGAAACGUCAUCUGGAGUGUUAUUGUCAUUUGAACAGAAGAGCUGGUGGUCAGUCACAGAAUGCAGGAAGGUUUUAG